AAAAAAAAUAUUAGUGUACUUUUAGUGUGUGUAUGAAUACCGGCCCAGGAGGAGAUUUUUCUCACUACGGUGCGCCAGUAUAUGGAACUCCCUACCAGACGAAGUUGUGGCACAAAAAUCUAUCACCUCAUACAAAUCAGCUUUGCAUCAUAUUCUAGGUCCACUUCUUUACAAAUUCCCUGACUAGUUAUCUUAUUUCUUUACUUCUCUUACAACUUACACUUUCGUAAAAGUCUUUUCAAUGUUUCUUUGUUGUAUUGCUCAUAGCUAACUUCACUAACAUUAAUAACCAUUUGAAUUUUUCUCCAUGUUUCAUAAAGGUACACAACUCAGUCUUUUUAUGCGUCAUAAUUGUUCUGUUGUCAUGCUAGUAACUAGUUGACUGGCGUACCUUUUGAACUGUGCUGCCCUUACUUUUCUCCAGUACCUCCAACAAUGUAGUACAAAGUGCUAAAGGGUAGCCAACCAGGUGAGCAGACAUUGCUUUGUCCACACAGGUACAAUUACUAUUAUGAAACCUACAUAUUAUUUUUUAAACAGUGUCAUUUGCUUAGUUCAAAGCAUUGCUAGAUUUGAAAGAGUAUUGGAGGGUCUAUGCAUCAGGCAGGUCUGUGUGCUAUGUCCUGUGUAAAGUCCCAUAACAUAUGAACAGAGAGUGGAAGUAACGAGGCAAAAUUCAAAUUUUUCCGCCAGUUCCUUUCCAGUGUUCUGUGUUCACCAGAGAGAACUAGACAUUGUAUUUUUCACCAUGAGUGAGGUAUGUUGUGGUCCGCUAAUGGUUCAAUAGUACACAUGAAUGUCAGUGUUAGUCACUGUGCCACCUAUUUUCAUAUGAAACUAACAUAACUUGUCAAUGAAUUUGUUGUUAUUAUGAUUGGCUGUCAAAUGGAUAAACAUGUCUAGUCUCAACAAAUAAGGAAUUGUGUGAGUAGUGCGUAAACCCUCCUUAAAAUGUCCUUGGAGGGCAUUACUAGGCUAUAGUAAAACUAAAUUGUACUGGCCCACAAGGUGCGGCCGAUAAUCCGUAUGACGUUGCAUUAUCUCUCAUUACUUCAAGGGAAAAUGGUAUAACAGUUUUUCUAUUCAAUUUAAUGCAUGAUCUCGCUAAAAAGAAAAAAAAGUGGCGGUGGACACAAGUGAUAUGAAGAUCUCUGCAGAUGAUUAUGUCAUAAAUAAAUAAGUACAGUAAAGGUGCUGAUUAUAAAAGUGAAAAUGAGACUGGUAAUUUAUAUAAUAUUUACUGUUAUGUCCUCUUGAGAUACCCAAUCUAACAUAGUGAGUGGUGAGAAGAAAUGUAAGAUGAGACAGCAUUUUAUUUAAGUUAUUGCCCCAAGCUCCACUUAUUUAUUGAAGAUCAUUGGACGGAGAGACUUUUUCCCUUGGUCUGGCUGUACAACACACAGUAAGACAGGGAAGCUUCAGUGUGUACUUCCAUUGUGGCGAUCAGAAAGUCAGUGAGUAAAGCUCAUAGGAUUCUCUGUGGUACACAGCACAGCUUUACAUUAAAAUGAGUCACAACUUUAGGAAAAAGGCUCAUGAAACAUGUCGGUUUUGGAGGGAAGGCAAAUGUCAGAAGGGGGAUUACCAGUGCAAUUUUGUCCAUGGGUUCAUCUGUCCCAACGAUGGAAGGUGCUGGAAAGAGAACUGCAACAGGGUUCACUUCAGCCAAAAGAACAUGGGCCCGAGAGAUCAUUAUGCCAGGCCUCAUCAACAAAAUUACUCGAGGGGCGGACAUCGUCCAAGAUACCGGAGGAGCCACAGUCGAAGUCAGAGCCCUCCGAGGCAUCGGAAAGUGUUCCAGCGCGGGCGCUCGCCUCAACAUCACAGAAGCAAAAGUCGCAGUCCAGCUUAUCAUACAAGAGUGUACAGUCCUUAUCACCGCCGCAGCAGGAGCCCCAGUCCCUACCGAGCUCCAAGCAGAAGUCUGAGUCCACCGCGUUAUCGCUCUCGAAGCAGAAACAGAAGCAGGUCCUGGCACCGCAGCAAGAGUCGUAGUGUUUCUCGUCCCAUCAAUAGAGGUUGCAGCCAAGAGAGAAUAAAGUCCAGAAGUUCAAGUCCCAUCCGAUCCAAAAGCAAGAACCGUAGUUCAGCCAAAGUGCACAAUAAAAGUUACAGCCAAUCUCGGUCACUUAGUAGAAGUCUUUCACCAAAACCAAAAAAGAGAAGCAGUAGUAGUAGCAGCAGCAGCAGUAGCAGCACUAGCAGAAGCAGAAGCAGGAGCAUUAGUAAAGGAAGAUCCAAAAGUAAAACAGAAUUGAUUCCUCCUCAAAGCAGCAGCCCACUCUCAGUUCAGGACAAAAGUCAUACACCUGAAAGUAGUAAAAGUGUAGGUCCAUCAUCAUCAGUCAUUGAAACUGAGGGAGGAUCGCAUAAUAAGAAUUGCAAUAAUCCAGGAUAUAAGAUGCAAUUAGAUUUGGAAAAUAUAUAUGCAGAUUUAGAUUAUGAAAGAAAUCCAUUGUCGACUGCAUCAAAGAUUGUUGACAAGGAUACUGUAGAAAAAGAAGCCUUGUCUAAGUUACAAGCACAUAUAGCAAGAGAUUUUAUGAAUCCUGAAACUCAAAAACUAAUGGAGCAGGUUUUGUCUUCAACUAGAGAUAAGGCAGUAAAACAAAAUCCAUUAGACGAGAGCAAAUCCAAAAAGGAAUUCUUACUGGAUGAGGUUGGAGAUGACAUUGAACUUGACCUAGAAGAAGUUGGGGAUGAAGUUGAUGACAUUUUUGCCAAGUCAAUACAUCGUUCUAUGGAUGACACAAAUGAUGGUAAAGGUUUGAGUACCAGUAGAAAAUUGGGAUUACAAGCUGGAAGUAAUCCUUCCCCACCAAAAUCUAAUCCAGUUAUAAAAUCAAAGAAGCCAACUGAUAGUUUUCUUGAUAUAGAUUUUCACACGGAUUGGGAUCUAAAGGCUGCCCUGGAAACUGCUUCCAAGUCUUUAAAGAAACCACCGGAGAUGCCUCCACCAAACCACUUACCAGACGGAAGCAAGGGUAGCACCUCCUUGUGGACUCCAGCUCUCGCUCGCCACCAGACACAAGUUCCAAAACAUAGAGUUGGCUACCAGACAAAAGACAGUGACUGGGAAGUAGAAACACCUUAUGUUGGAAGGAAGGACAAAAGUGAGGUCCAGCGAUCAGCUGCUCCAACAAGAACUACCAUGACUGCUGGACCAUCUUGUGAUGUAUCUCCCAGCAUACCUUUUGCUCUACCUUUGUCAGAGCCUCAGAGCAUACACAGAAAUUCACAUAAAGUAACAGAAAUAUCCCAGGAAAGUAAAGAGGGAAGAAUGAUUCAGCAGACAGAUGUGCUUUUCCCAAGUGCACAGUCUAUUCCCUCUAGUAUUCCAUCUGUAGUGCAGUCAAUUCCCUCUAGCAUUCCAUCAGUAAUCUCACACACCAUCAAUCAACCAGUCAAGCCAAAUGUGUCAUCUGCAGAUCAAGGUGCACUGGAUACAAGCAUGUUGCCAUCUUGCUCAGCCAACCUCAUUAGGGAUGCAAUGAGUGAGAAGGAACUGUACCAUUCCCCAAAAGAAGGAGCUACUGCUCCCAAAAAAGUUUCACAGGAACAGACUCCACAAAAAUCAUCUGAAAGUCCAAAAAGAUCAAAACGCAAGCGUCGCAAAGAAAAGAAAACAAAACGAAAGAAAGGCUCUUCUGAGGAUGAAGAUGAUUCCAGUGACUCUGAUGAUAGCAAAGAUGAUAAAAAGUUGUCACAUGAAAAUGAAAAAGAAAAUGAUGAAGUUGAAAUGUUGUUUUUCAAAAAAGAGAGCCUCAUAAAAAGAGUCAAACUGUUGUUUGAACAGAAGAAAAUUAUGAGCAAUCAACGUGAAGAUAUAAUAAGCAAUCACAAAGGAAGUAAAGCAAGUCUAUCAAGUAUCUUAGAAGAAAAUUCUUUCCUCACACAAGAAAUAGGAAAGCAGAUUGAAAACAUAAAUAAAAUUAUAAAAAAUGUCAACCAAGACAUUGAAUCUAAAAGAGGAAACUUCAAGCAAAAGACUUCAUUAUCAAAGGAGAGGUCAGAGAGCCCUCAUGUGUCAGCAGAAGCACACAAGAAAUCACAGUAUUUUACUGAAAAAGAAAGAAUUUCCAAGAAAAUGAUUAAAUCCACUGAAAGAUCUGACAUCUACAGGGUAUCAAAAUCUCCCUAUCAGAAAAAUAGUAGAUCUCCAUCUCCAUCAUAUUUAAAACAUGGCCCAUCAGAGGUUGAGCACAUGCCAAGAGAUAGGGACAGUAGGAAUUCCCGAUCUCCCAAGUCAGUCAGGCACAAGAGGUCAAGAUCACCUAGUUCCAGUGUAUUCAGAGAAGCUCCAAAGCCCGUACCUCCUCCUGAGGUGAAGCAAAGUGCCUCGCCUCCAAGGAAACGUGCUGUUAAGAGUAUGAUAGAAGUAGGUAAGAAGCCAGCGGGUGCAACAUCUCAGUAUCAGACUCCCAAAAACCUGGAUUCUUCAGUGCAGUAUGCCCCUCAUGAGGCCCAGAGGACAUAUAUUCGCUACACAGACCAAGGAAUGCAUUGGUGUAAGCUGUGCAGUUUGUUCUGUGAAACUGCUCCUGACUAUGUAAAUCAUUUGAUGACAGACUCACAUCUGACAAGGGUUAAGAAUGAUCGGAGGUCAUGGCUCUCCAAGGCUCCAAGGGAAGAAAAGGAUCCAAAGCCACCCAAUGCUCAGGUUUUGACUGUUCCUAUACAAGGACUUGAAUUCCUACAUUCUCUCCCGUGUUAUUACUGUUCUCUCUGCGAUGCAUUCUUAAGGGACAGAGGUGAAGCCUUAAGGCAUCCGGAGUCAAAGAUGCAUAUCUCAAAAUACAAAGUUCAUCGAGCACAGAAUCCUUUGUUUGAAUCCACAUUCUUAAAGGCUAAAACAACAGCAUAUGCAAAAUACAAGAUAGAUGAAGAACGUAAGAAAAUGGAGACAGAAUUAGGUUUAAAUGAGAAGACAUCAGUAGAAAAUAAGUUGCUCAAACAGAUAAAAGAAAAGCUUGAUAAGGAAAGUAAAGAGGAUCGAACUUCUGACAGUAGAGAUGACCCUGUCAAAGCUUGUAGCAGUAUCAGAGUUGCCUCCCGUGGACCAAGAUAUUCCACUGACAAAAAGCCCUCCACCUCCCAUUCUUCUCCUAGUAGUACUAGCAGACAUUCAAAAGAAAAGGAGUGUCUCCCAGUGAAUAAUGAUAGUUCUAAGAAGACCAGUGGUGUUAAAGAUUCAAAAGUUGAGACACAGAAAAGUGAACUUGUGGAUAGUGAACAUAAUGAUGAAGAUAAUGGUGAGGUCAAUGUUAAAGUUAGUGACAAACCUGCUAUUGAGGACAAAGUGGAAACAAAGCAGAAAGAAGAUGGAUCAAGAGACAGAGAUACAGACCGAAAGACAGCUAGUACAAAACUUCCAUUAAUUGGAAAAAUGCCAUUCUUGAAAAGAAAAGCAGGGAUAUCAAAAAGCAAAUCACAACAAAAUACUCCACCUGAAGAGGUAUCAAAGGGAAAAAAAGACACAAAAGAAGAUGUUUCAUCUGAAAAGUUGAAGAUACCAUUACCCAGCUGUACAAUAGAUGAUGAUGAUCAUGUGAACACAGCAGUAGAACAAACACAGCCAACUGUACCAAAGGAAGUAGAUGACAGGAAACUACCACUACCUUCAGUGAAUAUUAAAGAAGAUUUUAUUCCACCUUAUGAUCCUACUGUACCUCCUCCUCCAAUCACUGGUGCUAAAACAUGGAGUACUAGUGACAAAAAGGACUCAAGUGGCUCAGCAUUGUAUGAUCCUCUUGAGGCAGGUGAUGAAGACUCCUCAGAUGGUGCAGCAGCUGCAACUAUUGAAGCCUUGGAUCUCCUAAAUAUCCCUCUCCCUGGCUUCAAAACACCAACUGAGGUGUCUGCACUGCCAUUACAACAGGAAACAGAAGAUGUAUACCAGCCAGAAGAUAUGGAAAUAGAAAACAUACCAUUAGAUGAGGGAAAGAUAGAAGAAGGAAUAGAGGAAGUUUAUCCACCUUCAGGAAUCGUUGUGCAUCCAGAUAUCCCACUCCCACCUGCAGUUGGGAUUCUCCCCACUCCCUUGAGCUCAGAUGAACCUCCUCCUCCAGGCACAGAAGGAACUGACUCUUUGUUAAAUCGUGAAUUUGAUGAGAAUAUUAAUUCUGGAAAUCCCUUACCUGUUUUUGGACCUCAGGAGUUCAUUCCCAAGAAAGCAACACUUUGUAAAAUUAUGAAGAACAAGGAUGCAAAUAUUCCUGCUCCACCUGGGACUGAAGAUGAAUAUAAUGUUGAAGAUGUUGAUCACUUUUCUCAUUUGUCAGGCCACAGUAAAGAUAAAGCAGAGAAAAUAAAUAGGCAGAGACUUCACUCAGAAUCAGGUUCUCAGUGUAGCAGUAGUAAAGGAGCUCCUCCUUCAUUUUCUGGUAAAAUAUUACAAAAUUCAUUAAUGAGAUCUCUAGCAGUACCAAAGAUGCAACAGAUGGACAAGCAGCUGCAAAGCCAUAAGGAAAGAGAGUUGACACCUCCCCCACCUGGUACAGAAAGCAUGCCAGAUGAAAAGGACCAGUCCAUCAUGGGUACAUCUAACACGGAUGUCAUGAAGGAUUUGGGAUUAACUAGAGGAGAUUCAGAGUUAAUGCUAUCCAACCUGAAAAUAAACACAAGUCAAGAAAAGGCUUUGCUUUCUCCCAAAAGCUCCUCUAGUUCUAAAAUUGUAAAUAAAAGUGGUUCUUCAUUGAACUUACUUUCCUUUAAGGGUGAAGUUAAUUCUUUAGAAGAUAAAACUUCAGAAAUUGUGCAGAAUAUCUACAUAAAGGAUUCUUCAAAUGAAUUUUCUACAGUAGAUGGAAAAAGUAAAGAAUCAGAUUCCAAAUCUAGUGAUGAAGAAAGUUCUGGUGCUUAUCUUCCUGAGCAACUUGACGCUAAAAACACAGCCAUGUCAUCAGAUGCUAGCUCUCUUUCCCACACAGAUAAGGCUGCUCUCUCUUCUAAAGAUGGAAUUGUUGGUUCAGAUUUAUUGCCAUCAAUUAGUUGUGUGGACAACAGUGAGUUGAUUAAUUCAAAAACAAUUGUUUCAAGUAAUAUAGAUGACAAAGAAGACUCUUCCAACCAAUGUUUGACCAUGAAUACAUCUGAUGAAAACCAAGUGUCUAAUACCAUUGAUAAAGAUGUUUCUUGUACACCCCUGCCUGACAAGCAUGAUGGUGAAAAUGAAACAAUAUCACAUGACAGUGAAAUGCAAGUUGAUAGCACUGUGUGUGAUAGUCAAGACUCUUAUAAAGACUCUACUUUCAAAGAACUGGGUGAGGAAGAAGUGAACCUAAAGAAUACUACCAACAGUGUAUGUGAUAGUCAAGACUCUGAUGAAGCCUCUGUUUCCAAAGAAUGUUUGUCCAGUGAACUGUUAAGUUUAGAGAAAACUGUUGAAGGUGUAUAUGAAAGCCAAGAGUCUGAUAAAGGCUCUGCUCCUAAGGAAUGUUUGCUUGAUGAAAUGAGUUUCAAGGAAAAAACUGACAGUGUUUGUGACGGCCAAGAGUCUGAUAAAGACUCUGCUUCUAAAGAAUGUUUGCCUGAUGAGGGAAUAAGUUUCAAGGAAAAAACUGACAGUGUUUGUGAUGGCCAAGAGUCUGAUACAGACUUUGCAUCUAAGGAAUGUUUGCCUGGUGACAAAAUAAAUUUCAAGGAAAAAACUGACAGUGUUUGUGAUGGCCAAGAGUCUGAUAAAGACUCUGCUUCUAGAGAAUGUUUGCCUGAUGAGGAAAUGUGUUUAAAAGAACCUAUUAAAGACAAUAUUGAGUGUUAUGUGGUGGGUGAAGGAAGUCUGGUCCAUGGCAAAGAUGACAAGUAUCAGAUACCUAUACUAGAAGACCCUUCAAUUAUAGAUACUACAUCGUCUGUUAAUACACCAUCAGCUAGCAACACUGAAUGUGAUAGCCAAGACUCUGAGAAAGGCUCUUUUUCCAAAGUAUGUUUAUUGGAAGAGCAAGACAGUGAUGUUUCCAGCAGUUUAAAGGAAACUCCAGAAGACAGUAAUGAAUGCAGUACUAUUAUGAAUGAAAAAGAUCUGAAUCUUGGUAUUGACAUAAAUGAAGAACCUAAAAGUCCAAUUAUUAAAUGCAGAAGUCCUCUACAGUUUGUAAAUUUUCCCAAAGGUUUUGAAAGCAUGGAUAUUUCCGACUUCUAUUCACCAUCAAGUGAUUCCACUUGUACACAAAAUGUUGAUGCCUCUGAAACAACCAUAUUGAAGACAGAGAAUCUUCCUCUUUCAGUUUCAGCUGAAAAUAUGAUAGAUGCACAAGAAGAUUUGUGUGGGACACCACAAAGAAAAGCUGAAUCCACAAAGGAAGACACCUGUGAAUUUUAUGUUGAGAAGGAUCAGAAGGAACCACAAGCUGCUGAAGGACCUUCAUGUAGUCAAACUAUAGAGGUUCAUGGAAAAGAAUUAUACACUAAUAAGGAUUCACAAGAUCAUGAUUUUCAUUCAUAUGAGGGUCAUGAUUUCCUUGAAAGUAAAGAUGUUAAGGAUGAAGCCUUUCCACUUGAGUAUCCCUCUGAAAGAAAAGUUGCUAGAAGUUCCAGAACAGUAGCAGAAAUAGCAGAGUAUAAAGAACAAGAGACUUCUGGGGAAUCUGAGGAAAUUAGUCACGACUCAGCAAUAUUGAUUGAUGAAGUUGAUUCAAAAACUUCUGAGGAAGAGUCUGCAAGCAAUUCUGGCAGUGUUAAGGAAAGAAAAAGAAAGUCUGUGAGGAAGGCAACUCGAAAGAAGACAACAAAAGUUAGAAAGACAGAGGAUGAUGAAUGCCCAUCACCAAGAACCAGUGCCAGCAGGAGUAGUGCUGGCUGCCUUAGUCCUAGUUUUGUGGAGUCACCACGACCCAUGCGUAGCAGCAGGAGGGCAGCUGCUGCAGCCAUCAAAGCAAUGGCAAAAGAUCAAGAUGACACUCCUCCUGAUUCCCCACCAUCAGAUGAUGACAGUGAUUAGUAAAUGAAUGUCCUUGAUUGUUAUGAUAAUUUCAAAUCACUUCAACAUUAAGUCACCCACAGAUUGUUUUACUCUGUGUUGCCAGUAUAUAACUUGAUUAAGUAGCAUCUGUUGAAAUUAAAUAUGUAUUGUUCCUUUAAGAUGUUACCUGUUUAUAAAAGUGAAUUUUAAAAUAUUUUACAUUGUAAAUAUCUUAUGUAUCAUAUUUGAUCAGGUAUAGCUAUCCUAUUGUUUUGGAAUUUGUUUGAACAUGUUUCAAGAACAAUACUAUUUAACAAACUGGUACAUAAUUAAUCUUUAUAAUUGAAGGGGAGAACAGUACUUGUUAUGGAAAUCCAGAAAUUGUCAUAAAUUUUAAUGGUAUUACUAUAAUACAUUAGAAUUAUUUGCAAGAACACAGCACAUUACAGAAAUGCAUUAACAUUACAGUGUGUAAUGUUACAUAACUGGAACAUCAAAUUCUGGGUUCACGAGGGGCCAACACAGAGGUUACUCAAGGACCUCAAAGCUAGUCCCUGCUACUUAUGGGUUCAGUUGAAGCAGCAAGAUGGGAAUUUGUGACAAAAGUACCUGUGAGUGUUGAUAUCUUACUAUGAGUAAGGAAAAGACUUAGGGAGUGAUGCAGUAAUGUAAUAUAUAUAUAUAUAUAUAUAUAUAUAUAUAUAUAUAUAUAUAUAUAUAUAUAUAUAUAUAUAUAUAUAUAUAUAUAUAUUAUAUAUUAGAUGAACAAUAAUGUCAUUUUGUAAUAUCAGAAAUACUGUACUGUCAUAAAUUCUGUGCUUGAAUAAGAAUAGUAUUUGUUCAUGACAUGUUUUAUUUAAUGUAUUAAUAUAUAUUUUUAUUGUGUAAUUCAAUAUCACUAAACCUUUUUCAUAGACAGACCAUCAUUAAGAGUACAAAACAGUCCGUCAAGAAUAUGUAAUACUUCUUAACUAUAAGUUAAGAAGUAUUGAAGUCCAAUUUCAUUGGACUUCAAUUUUGUCACAUCGGUUUUUUUGUGGCACUGGUCAUCUAUUUGUGAAUGUGUGUUGCACUAUGGUAUUCAUAGUGUGAUAGAUUUUAUCCUUCAAGUACCGACAAGAUGAGCCAAAGAAUUGUAUGUAAUACCACCACCUUUCUCAUCUCACUCGUUUUGAGAAUACAUGCACGAGAACAGAUGUCAGAUAUCCUUGCUUCGUAACAAAGGUGUCAGUUGUCUGUUUACUAAUAGUAGUGUACAAUGUGUGGAAGACGAGAACAGAGCAAAGCCAGACCGUCCAUGUCUUGUGGCAGGAAACAAUUGGAAAUAUGUACAUUGUAAUUUAUUUAUUUAUUUGUUUGUUUAUUAUUAAGCAGCAACUUUUA